AUGCUCUCAUCACUUGCUGGCUACGGUUCCGAUUCCGAUGAUGAAGUUAUUGUACCAUCGUCGAAACAAAAUGUAGCAACGAGAAAUACUACACCUUCAACUACUGCUACUAAUGCAAACGUACAAAAAGUUACAAAAGUUAAUGCUGAUGAGGAAUUGAUGAUUGAAUCGGUUGGACCUGUUGGAGUUUCAAAUAUGAAUUAUAAACAAGUUUCCUCUGCACCUAGUGUAGCCUCUUCAUCAACAGUGAUUAAUAGUAAUGUAAUAACACGAUCGGAAAAGAAGGAGAAACCAUUGGAACAAAAGAAGAAGAAGCAAAAAACUAAUAGUUACAAAAAGAACUUGUUGAAACAAAUUUCUGAACACUCUCUGUUCAAUGAUGAUUCAAAGAAAAAAGGAAAGGAUCAAACAAUUGAACAAGAAAGAUUUUUAGAUGAUGAGGAUGAUAAUGAUGAUUACAAUUAUAACUUUAUUGAAACAAAACCAAGUGAACCUGAGGAAGAGGAUGAGGAGGAAAAACCAAAGUUGUACAUACCAAGAAAUAACGACGUUGAAAUUCAAAAUGAUGAUAAUGAGGAUGAUUUUGAAUUUAAUCCAUACUACAAUGAAGAGGACGACGAAGUUUACAAAAAUUUGGAGAAUAUUACACCAGAAGACAAUGAGGAACCAAUAACUGCCAACAGGGGAAUUCCACAAGAUGUUUUAGAAGAAAUGAAACGACAAGGAAUAGAUGUUGAUUCUGGAAAUUUUGAAAUAUUGGAUGUUAGUCAAAAUGGAUCUAGUAAAUUAAUCAAUGUCGAAGCUGAAAGAAGAAAGGCCCUCAUUGAAAAGCAUAAACGUGACGUCUUCCUUACAAAGGAUGAGAGUGAUGCUUUGAAACAAUUCAAUUUCACAACAGAAGGAGCUGGUGAUAAAAAUCGUGUCAAGGUGGCUAGAACCAAAAAUCAAAUUUCCUACCUAGCCCAACAAUCUCGAGGACGUGAAUUGGAAAUGGCAGAAAGAUUAGAAAAAUCCAGGCAAAGUAGCUCAACAGCAAAGAGAAAGUACGGAUGGUAGAAUAUAACUUUAUUGAGAUUUGAUAGACUCCUUCUUUUUCUGAGUAUCAACUUGCAAGAAUAUAGAAAUAAUUGUUAUUAUAGUAUAAAUGGUGAAAAUUACUGGAGUUUGGUCUGGAGGAGAAACAGACCCAUCAAUUACAGAAUCAGCCUUCUUUGCUAAAUCAUCUCCGAAAUAAACAAUAUAAGUGAUAGC